AUGACAAUCCAAAAAGUGUACAGGAUCGGUGUCGAUGUUGGCGGGACAAAUACAGACUGUGUCAUUAUCCACCCCGGCGAGGCGCAUUUACCGGAUCGUGGCAUCCGCAGCGCAUUCAAGACUCCGACCACAGCAAAUGUAACCAUCGGUAUAACAAAGGCUAUUGAGGGCGCCAUAUCAAAAUGCGGCAUCCCCUUGGAGGCUGUGGCAGCAGUCAUGAUCGGGACAACGCACUUCAUUAACGCUGUUGUACAAGCGGACGACCGGAAUCUCAGAAAGGUUGCCGUCCUCAGAGUCUGUGGACCCUACACGAAGGAGAAUCCUCCUUUUAUGGACUUUCCACCAAUUUUAAGCCGCAUUAUGAACGGACAUGUCGGUUAUUUAGACGGCGGCCUCGAAUUUGAUACGCGAGAAAUUAUGCCUCUCGACGAGGCCCAAGUGCGGAACGAGUGUCAGGCAGUGAAAGAAAAAGGUCUUACUGACAUUGCUGUGAUUGGCGUCUUCUCACCUCUGGACAUUUCUGGUAAACAGGAAGCUAGAGUCAAGCAAAUCAUCCACGAGGAGAUGCCGGAAGCAGACGUUGUCUUGUCUAGAGACAUCGGUCAGCUGGGCUACCUCGAAAGAGAGAACGCUACGAUUCUCAACACGUCAAUUUUGAAGUUUGCCCGGAAGACAAUCCGCGGGUUUAAAUUGGCCAUCCGGACAUUGGGCCUUUCAUGUCCGCUCUUCCUGACGCAGAACGAUGGCACCAUCAUCGAUGCUGACGCCGCUGAGAAAUGCCCUAUCAAAACAUUCUCUAGUGGUCCGACGAAUUCCAUGUCUGGUGCCGCUUAUCUGGCUGGCCUUGACACCGAGGAAAAGAAAAUCCGGAAUGCUCAAGUUAUCGUGGCGGAUAUCGGAGGCACCACAACCGACGUUUGCGCAUUGCUACCAUCGGGCUUUCCCCGGCAAGCCGGCACAUGGGUAGAGAUUGGCGGUGUUCGAAGCGCCUUCUCGAUGCCUGAAGUACUGUCCGUGGCUCUUGGAGGAGGCACCAAAGUUGAAGAGCGUGAUGGGAAAGUCCAUGUUGGACCGGAGUCUGUUGGCCAUAAACUCAUCACCGAAGGCCUUGUCUUUGGUGGCAACACUUUGACUACAACAGAUAUUGUUGUUGCGAGUGGCCAUGCAGACGUUGGGGACUCUACUAAGGUCAAGGACGUGCCCAAGGAUAUCGUCACAAAAGCUCGCCACCGCGUGAAAAGGAUACUUGAGAACGCAGUAGAUGCUAUGAAGUUGAGUGCGGACGAUGCUGUUGUGAUCCUUGUCGGCGGCGGCAGCAUUGUGCAUAUGGACGAUUUAGCAGGAGUUGGACAGAUCAUUCGUCCUCCGUUUCAUGACUGCGCGAAUGCAGUUGGAGCAGCGAUCGCAAAGAUCUCCGGCCAGGUCGACGUUGUCAAAGUUCUGGAAGGUGUCGAUGAGGAUAAAGUGGUCGAAGAAGUUUGCACACAAGCGAAGAAUAUUGCCAUCGUCUCGGGUGCGGACCCAGAAUCUGUCACGAUUGUUGCAAUUGAGAAUAUGCCACUACAAUACGUACAAAUGCGUGCUUCUCGGAUCGUCGUCAGAGCCGCCGGGACAUUGAACCAAAAAGCACUCUUACACUAUAUUCCUACUGACAACUCUGAAGACCUGGUGGCCCUCGAAGAAGUUCUCGAGGAGAGGGUCUCCAGCAAGACGAACGCCGAAAAAGAUCCGAAGGACUUCCUAGUAAGUCCUUCAGCACAGGUCGACAUUCGCCAAUACAGACCCGAGGUCGACAAGAAUGGCACAUGGUGGGUGUCUGAGAUAGACUGCGAAUUCUUGGCCACCGGCUGCAGCACCGUGGCGUGCGGCGGCGGAGGCCCUGGUUAUAUGUGCUAUAUGGCCGCAAGGGCAGCCAUCAAAGCUGGCGAACGCUUGCCCGUAGUUGAUAUCGAGACCCUGCCGGACGACGGAUAUGUUCUCGGUAGCAUAUCAUAUGGUGCCCCAACAGUUACACUUGAGCGUAUCCCCAGCGGCACGGAAUCCGUCGACGCCACCGAUGCCCUGCUGAGUUGUUUCCCAGGGAUCAAGAUGAGUGCUCAAAUCGCGCUCGAGAUCGGAGGGAUGAAUGGUAUUCGUCCACUUCUUGUCGCGAACAGUUAUGGCGGCAUCCCCACCAUAGACGGUGAUCAUAUGGGAAGAGCCUACCCGAGAAUCGGAAUGGAUACUCCUGCCCUAUUUGGCUUUCCGCUUGCGCCUUGCACACAGAGUGACGGCAUGGGGAAUGUCGUGACCGUCCACAAGGCAGCGUCAACAGAGAAGCUCGAGAAGAUUCAUCGCAAGGCUGGCCAAGAACUUGGUCUGUUCUCGCAGUUGGUCAACCCUCCGAUGUCGAUCAAAGACACGAAGAUCAUGGCCACACUGGGCACCACUUCGCUGGCAUGGUACAUUGGCCGAGCUGUCUAUCUCGCUAAGCAGGAGAAGACCGAUAUUAUGAAAGCCAUUGUGGAAGCAAAUCCCUCGGGGCGUGUCUUAUACACCGGCAAGAUCGUGUCGGUUAAUCGAUACAUUUCCGCCGGCGGCUACACGGAAGGCACAGUCCGUCUGAAGCCCAUUAGCACAGAUGAAAUGGAGUACGGAGACACGGCCUCAACAGAGACACGCGACAUGGUGCUCCCUUUCCAAAAUGAGUAUCUGUACGCAGAACUCGUCGAGCCAGAUGCGCCAAAGGGUACCAAGGGGGAAAUUCUGUGCACAGUUCCGGACUUGAUAUCCCUCAUCGGAUCAGACGGAUAUGCACUGGGAACGCAGGAUCUGAGAUAUGGUGUUAGGGUUAGUGUGGUAGCAUUCGUUGCUCACCCGCAUUGGUAUACGCCAAAGGGGAUCGAGGUCGGCGGUCCUAGGGCAUUUGGCUUCGACAUGGACUUCAAACCACUCGGUACACCAUACUACGAGCCCAAGCGGGUGACCAAGGAGUUUCGGCCCGCGUGA